AUGGAGUACCCCGAAGCGGACUCCCAGCCCCAACCAGAGCCACUCGACGUGGUGUUGCCUCGGGGGGCACCCCCGGACGUCGUUGGGCCGGUGGUCAACGGCCUCAGUUCCAGCGACUACUAUUUUGCUUCCUAUAGCCACUUUGGUAUUCAUGAAGAGAUGAUUAAAGACAAGACGCGGACGAAGACCUACAUGCGAGCGAUCCUUGACAAUAGGCACGUUUUUGAUGGCAAGGUCGUCCUCGACGUCGGGGCAGGGACAGGUAUUCUGUCGCUUUUCGCGGCUCGCGCAGGCGCAGCUAAAGUCUACGCUAUCGAAUGUGCCGACAUUGCUCGACAAGCGCGCGAGAUCGUAAAGGCGAACCAUUUCGACCACGUAGUUGAGGUCAUCACCGGCCAGAUCGAAGAGGUGCAGCUGCCGCGGGACCCACAAACGGGUGCAGAGCCUCUUGUCGAUAUUAUCGUAUCGGAAUGGAUGGGCUACUUUCUCUUCUACGAGAGCAUGCUGCAAAGCGUUCUCUUCGCCAGAGAUCGCUGGCUCAAACCUCGUGACGGGCAUCUCUUUCCCGAUGGCGCAACGCUCUACAUCUGUGGGAUCGAGGAUGCUUCCUUUCGUAGUGAAAAAUUCGAUUUUUGGGAGAACGUCUACGGUUUCGAUUUCUCGUGUGUUAAGCGGCUGGCGCUUACCGAGCCCCUCGUGGAUUAUGUGGACGUCGAUCAGAUCGUUACAGACACGUGCCCCGUGCUGCGGCUGGAUCUGCAUCGCCUCCAGCCGCAGGAUCUCGACUGGAGUGCGCCGUUCCACAUCACUGCAGAGCGAGAUGACUUUGUUCAUGCCUUUGUUGUGUUCUUCGACGUGCAUUUCGGUGGGUGUCAUCGACCGUUGACGCUGAGCACAGGGCCGUACGCUUCGCCAACGCACUGGAAGCAGACAGUGCUCUAUUUGGAUCGGGCGUUGCCGCUGCGAACGGGCGAGCGCAUCGAGGGCACCCUUGCCUGUCGACGGAACGCACAGAAUCCUCGCGAUCUCGAUAUAGGUAUCUCGUAUCGCUUUCGGGGUUCGCAAAUGAGCGCGAAGAAGAUCCUCCGGUAUCAAAUGCAUUGA